CUUGAACCAAUCAGAGCGAGCGGAUUACAUCCGUGCUGUUGUGCAACGGUGUGUAUUUAAAGCAGCUGCCCACCUUGAGCAGCACAGAGAUUGAGUCCAGCCUAUCUAGUGUACUACAGUCCCGAGGCCAGCGCCAGACUCUCCAAAAUGAGCGACAACCCUGUGAAAGAAGAAGUGCAGCAGUUCGACAAGAAAUGUCUAAAGAAGACGAACACGGCGGAGAAGAACACUCUGCCCACUAAAGAAGAUAUCGAUCAGGAGAAGAAGGCUGCAGAGGGGGGCAAAUGAAAGCAGGCCGCGCCGCUCUCGCUCCUGCACAUCAACAAUCAUUAGGCAUUUUUAAAAGCAUGUGAACUGCAGAAUCAUGUAUGUAAUUGGAACCGUGGAUAUUUUCGAUCUUCUGAUCAUGUGUGAAUUCGAGAGAUUAUGAUGAUGUGGCAGUAAAAGAGCACAUUUCUGUAUCUGUCAUCAGUCUGGUGCCAUUCAAAUAACAUGUGAGAUGAUAUUUUUGUUUAAUAAAAACUUUCUUAACUGUG